AUGGAGAUCGAAGACCCACUGAAGCGGAUACAGGAGGAAAUCAAUGAGGUGACACGCCGGGAGCAGGAAUUACGCGAAGGUCAUCGGACGGAUCCGAGCGAAAGGAACGGGCUGGACCUGAACGAUGACAAUCUUUCGACGGGAAACUCGGACGACUCGGGACUCUCCCUAUCGCCCACACCGGUGCACUCGCCCUCGGUGUCCAACCUGAAGGACAAACUCGAGCAGAAUGGCAAGGAGUCGCACCAACGGCGCGAAGAGGAGCAACAGCGCCGGGCAUUCAUUUUACCGAGCCCGAAAGCACUGACACGGGCCCGUUCCACGCCGCAGCUUUUCCACACCUCGACGCCGCCGAGACGGUUCAACCCGAACCCGAACCAUCGCGGCAUCAUGCAGAAGUUCAUCGCUUCACGCGGACGGCUCAGUAAGCUGGCCGCAAACGGUGCCCAAUCCGGUCCAGUUGCGAACGUGCCGCAGAUGAUGACAACCGCAGCCAGCACGAAAGCCGAUCCGAUCGUGCCCUCGGUCGACCUGAACCGUUCGCAUUUGAUGAUUCUGCCGACGGCCAUCUCGACACCGCCUGCGAUUGAGCGCGACUCCAAUGGUAAACCCAUCCGGCGAGGUUACGUCCCAGUCGAGGAAAAGAUUCAACGUGAGCUGCGCGAUCUUAAGACGCGCGAAUGCGAGCUGAAACGGAUCCGCAAGCUUAACCGGAACGCGUCGCAGUCGGAUCUGUUGGACAUGAACUAUGAUGCGUUCGAAUCGAGUGAGGAAUUGUCGGACGAAGAUAAUACGGACGAACCGAUCUAUCCGCUGGCGAGAAAGCUUCGGUCGACCAAAUCAAUUAGCGAACUCUGUGACGCACUGACCAACUCUAGUCUUUCGCCAAGGGAAACUCCAUCGCCAUUGUUCGAAAGCCGCUCGCGAAUGGGCAACGGAUGCGGUGGAGGAAUGCGGCCGGCAAUGUCCUUGGCCCAACUGUGCGAUCUUGACCCGCAGGAAGCACCUUCGUCGCACAAACUGAUCGCCCAAUGGGAAAGUCUGAUUCAACAGAAACAACAACGAUAG